AUGCCUUCACCGUCAACAAUCAAGGAAAUGCAGAAAUUGGCUAGACGUUUAGCAGCACUCAACCGUUUCCUAGCCUAUCACGUAGCCAAAUCUUUCCCAUUUAUCAUAACACUCCACAACUGCAUGAAGAAAAGUCAAUUUCAGUGGACUCCGGAAGCCGGGAGCGCAUUCCGAGAGAUGAAAAAUUGCCUCAUAAGACUGCCAACAUUGACAGCACCAGUUAAGGGAGAACCCCUAGUAAUGUAUCUAUCAGCAUCUGAUAAAGCAGUUGGAGCAGUUUUGCUUGUAGAUCGCCAGGGAAUUCAAACACCAGUUUAUUAUGUGUCCCGCACUUUGAACGAUCCAGAAACAAGGUACGCUAUAAUGGAAAAACUGGUACUGGCACUGAUCCAUGAAUCAAGGCGGUUGCGCAGGUACUUCACCAACCACGUCAUUCACGUAUUAACAAAUUACAUCAUCGGCAACAUCCUCGCAAGGCCCAAGAUAUCCGGAAGGUUAGCAAAGUGGGCUAUAGAACUGGGAGGCCAUAAUGUGGUUUUCAGACCAAGGCCAACAAUCAAGGGCCAGGUGUUGGCCGAUUUCAUGACAGAAGUACUUGAUGACAAAGAUAGGGAGUGCAAGGCAAUGGAGAAAGCCGAAAGGCAACAUACGGAAGAGCCAUGGCUAUUGUACACAGACGACGCAUCCAAUGAAGAUCGCGCGGGCGCGGGACUUAGGCUGGUAAGUCCAAACAAACAUGAAUUCACGUAUGCCAUAAGGCUAGACUUCAAAAGAACGAAUAAUGAAGCUGAAUACGAAGCUUUUCUUGCCGGUUUGAGAUUGGCAAUCAAGAUGGGAGUCAAACACAUUGAGGCACAUGUAGACUCCAUGUUAGUAGCCGGACAAAUCAACGGCCAGUACGACGCCAAAGGAGACGUGAUGGCGCUCUACUUGGACCAAGCAAAAACAUUGCUGCAAAACUUCUAUUCCUACAAGGUGCACCACAUCAACCGGAGUGAGAAUAAACCAGCAGACGCGUUAAGUAAACUCGCAUCCACAAGUUUCCAGCACCUAGCCAAGGAUGUGCGCAUUGAGGUUUUGAGCAACCCAUCGUUACCGCUAAGGGAAGUAAACGUUAUUCAAUUGGGAACAACGUCGUGGAUGACCCCGAUAAUUAUGUAUCUCCAAUCUGGAAUACUACCGGAAAACAAAGUCGAGGCAAGAAAGGUGCAAUACAAAUCCGAACACUACCAGAUGGCCGACGGAAUUUUGUAUCGGAAAUCCUACUUGGGACCGUUGUUAAGAUGCGUCGACCCAGAAGAUGCAAACUACCUGAUCCGAGAAGUACAUGAGGGCAUCUGUGGCAUUCAUGCCGGCCCAAGAAUGGUAGUAGCAAAAGUGAUGAACGUUGGAUACUACUGGCCUGGAAUGCACCUAGACGCAGUGAAAAUUCUGAGAAAAUGCAGCGGCUGCCAGAGGCACGCCCGAAAACGAUGUGCCCUAAAAAUGAACUAG